AUGGCUGCCUGGAGACCAGCAAAUCAGAGGUCUAAGCCCAGGGAUCUUGACAGAAUGGAGAGAGAUAUGGGUUGUGCUGUUUCUCCCAGACCUGUACUCAACCUGAUGCAGAACUGCGAUUUACCUCCUCCCGUCAAGCUUUUUACAGCGCCCGACGAUGCAUUUCUUUCAUCAGUAAGCAAAAUCUACAAUGUGGUGGGAGGCCAAGAUUGCUUGGAAAAGGACAAGUUGGAGCUUUUGAGGGCGCUGCGGUUAUCACAGACACGAGCAAGAGAGGCGGAGAGGGAAUUCACGGCCGUGUGCAAGGAGAAGGAGGCGCUCUCGAACCUGAUGGUACAAGAGUCAUUGCGGCUCUUUGCACACCGGCAAUGGGUUGGUCUGCUGGAGUUGCAAGUUUCCAAGUUGCAAAGACAGCUGCAAGAGAAUGGCAGGAAGAGGGGCGAUUCUGUGUUGAACCGUGGGGAGAAUUUGCUGAGAGGGGAAGAUGAGGAGGAGGGUAGCAGCAGCAAGAAAUGGCGUGCAGUUAUAGUGUUCUGUUUGGCUGUUGCUGGGAUGGGUUUGGCAUUUGGUUGCAGAUAUCUUUUCUGA